AUGCAGUGCAAUGAUUCGGAAAUAUUCGAUAUCACCAAGAAUUCCACCGUGAGAUUCAUCGAAAGUCUCUACGAAUUUCGAUACCAAUACUCCCAAGUCCAUCCAUACAUUUCGCUGGUGCUAUGUGUGAUGGGUCUCGCCGCGAAUGUUGUCCACGUUUUGGUGCUGACACGACCAAGAAUGCGACACUCAUCGGUGCACACCGUGCUAGUUUGCAUUGCGAUUUGUGAUAUGGGCACGAUGACGUCAUACCUGACCUACAUUACCCGCUUUGAGUUUUUCGCCGAUCACGAAGGCUACGCCUAUAUGUGGGCCGUAUUUCUCAAAUGUCACGCGAUGAUCUCAAUCGCGCUUCACGCCAUCACCCUCUAUUUGGUGGUGCUGAUGGCGUUCAUCCGAUUGACGGCGAUGAAUGUCGGCACAUCGCAAUGGUUGGACCAUUCGCGAGCAUUAGUUGUCGCCAGCCUAAUCGCCAUGUUUGUAUUUAUAAUGUGCGUUCCGACACUUUUGGCUCAUCAGAUUAACGAGACGGCUCGCGGAAUUGCGUCGCGCGGAUUUUACGUCAAAUACAGCGUCGGCUUCUCAACAAUGAUGCUCAAUCACGGAUGUCUUCCGAUGAAGGCCAACCUAUGGCUGACAGGAAUUUUUCUAAAAGCGAUUCCCUGCUUCCUGCUCUUCUCAUUCACAAUUGUCCUAAUAAGGAAAUUAAAGGAAAACAACGAGAAGCGCAAGAAUCUCGUCAAAGAGGAACGAGCGAAGCGUCGCGGAGAUUUGACGACCUACAUGCUUCUUCUCAUGGUGGCUGUCUUUCUGAUCACCGAACUUCCGCAGGGAAUCAUGGCGGUUUUCAAUGCCUUGUACACCACCCAAUUCCAUCAAAUGGUCUAUCUGAAUCUUGCCGAUGUUCUCGACUUAUUAUCCUUGAUAAAUUGCUAUGUCGCAUUUUUGGUCUAUUGCUUCACAUCGAGCCGAUAUCGUCAAACAUUGCUCGGACUGCUCCCAAUUUUCAAAAUGCCUUAUUCGGGCUUCUCGACUCGUCAGGGAACACUGAAAACCAGUCGGCAAUCGAUGAAGGCAAAACCAGCGGCGCAUCGCACAAUUUCGGCGGAAAUUGCCAAAUCGCCGCUGAUUGGUGCUCAGCGAGCCCGAACGAAUACCUCGCCAUUAACAAUUGCCAAUGAUAUUUAA